GCUAUUUGAAGCAAGGAGUUUAAAGCAGUUUGAAGAUGUCUAGUGAGAAGAACCCAGAAGUGGUCGGCUGCGACGCCUCCAUCAUGAAGAACGUCUGGGAGAUCAGAGCGAGAGAGUAUGGACAGAAGAUGCAGCAGGAGCAGGAACGCAUAGAGAAGAGCGCUCUGCCCUCUAUUAACAAGGACUGGGAAGGUCGUUUGCAAGCCAGUUUUGGAAACUACAAAAGGGUGGAGAGGAAAACUAAACCUGCUGAAGAUCAGACAGACAACAAGAAUGUGUGGAAGAGCAAGAAACCCCAGGCUCCUCCUACCCCUCGCCGUGGCGCAGGUUCAGGGCCACUCGGCAGACAAGGAGACCAGAAAAGGGGCUUCUCCACUCCAGCCCCCAACUACAAGGACAAAAAGGGGCAGAACAAGAAUUUAAACAGGCUCAUGUUCCUCACCCAGACUCAACCUUCUGCUAUGGUAUGGGGGAAGUCUUGGAAGUAUAACAAAUCAUUGCCACCACCAGAAGAUGGUGCUGCAGCGCCAUCAGAUUGGGGCAAGUGCUGGAUGUUUGCUACCCAUCAGCCUUACUUUGAACCAGGCAAACCUUGGUUAAAUGGGCCUAACAUGCUGGAUCCUCAAAGCCUUCAUCUCUGUAAGAAACCUGAAUACAGAAUGGUGGAAUCACAAGAGCUAGACUUGUGUCUUCCAACUGAGGAGUGGCAGAUGUCCUGGAGAAAAUUUGACAAAAACAGUAAGAAGGGAGAUUCUGGAGAGAACGAUCCCAAAUUUGGAAUCUUCACCAUGUUGGUGGAGACUCAGCACCACAAUGAAGUCUUGUGCUCAUCAGAGUGGAGCGACUCAUGGUCAUCAACCAAGCCAGCAAGUCAGCAGGAUAAUAUUAUCAUCCAAAAUGAUGGUCUACUAAAUAAGUCUAUUUCUAACAAGCAAGAUAAUAAUGCAGAGAUGAGCCCUGAGUGGGAAGAAUGUUGGAGGCUUGUCAACCACCAUGGCUGCAACAACUUCAAUUUGCCUCAAGUUCAAAAGUGUCACAGUCCAGAGUGGGCUGAUUCGUGGAGAGCAGCCAUGGUGGUCUUAAACAACCACAAGAAUUCUGAUCCCUCUCUGAGCCAGGAUUACAGUGGCACCUGUGAUGAUCACGGCCAGCAGAAAGAGUCACAUCUGCACAAAAAAAUGCUUAAGUCUCAUGAACAGAAGUACAGAGAUCUGUACUCGAAGCUCUACAAUGAAUUUAAGGGUCUCUCUGAGUGGAGCAAGUCAUGGCAGGUAAACAAAAACAACUCUAAACCGUGUGAAGAAAUAGAGAAAGCCCUAAAUGUCUCACCACCAAAGAUGGAAACUGAUCUGGAGGCGCAGAAUGUGGAAAAUGAUGCAAAGGGGCAUUAUUCAACAUCAGAGAAAGUUGACCCACGCUAUGAGCAACUGAGACAUAGCGUAAUAUAUCACUCAAGGAGAGAAUUCACUCAAUCUCACCAGCUUCAUCUGAAACACUUGGAAAAUGUCUUAUCUGCCCCAGAAUGGAAGGACUCUUGGAAAACACUGAAACACAGAAUGAGAAUGGAGAGAAGAAGAAUGAGGCCGGACCCCUCAAGGCCUUUCAGAGCAUCUGAGAAGGGAGGAGACAGGAAGCCCACUGCAUCAGAGUGGAAAAACUCAUGGAAAUUCACCUGUCAGCCUCUGCGUCAGGAGCCUGAACAUUGGCAGCAGGGUUGGUCCACCAUGCCCCAAAUCCGAGUAGAUCGUGUGUGGGACCAGAACCACUUUGCACCUGUCGAACACCCCAAGAAUGGACCAACCGUGGAGCGAAAUUGGGGAGAAUCAUGGAGGUUCUCGAGGGUCCAGCACCGAUCAGAACUUGGGCAGGAUGGGGCACAAACCAGCCAAGGAAGAUCAAGUGUUGCUUCUCAAUUUACUGAAAAUUCACAGACACACAGGUCAUCUGGACAAACACGUCAUGCUAGGUCAGGUUCUGAUUGGCAGGAUGCCUGGAUGGUCUCAGAAACCCAGUUCCACCAUGACAAACCCUCUUUAACCCAGUGGAGGGAAGCCUGGAGGUGUUCUGUCUUCAACACAGCGCAUUGGACUGAACAGGUGCCUAGAGAGAAAAGAGUGGAUGUGAUGAUGGCGAUCCAACCCCAGAGAGAGAAAUUGUCCUUUCAUAGAGCCAACGCUAAAAUUAGCAGAUCUUUUGACAACCAGAUAUUCAGAGAAAGAUAUCCUGAGAAACAGUGGAGCGCCUCAUGGAGAGCUGGGAAAAGCAUGGGCAGCAGUACUCAGCAGCAACAUGGCAUUCCUAAUGAGUAUGGAUCUAAGUGGGGAAUGUCAUUCAGGCUCGCCAACCCCAUGCCUCACAUGGAGCAGCCCUGGGUGGAGUCCUCUCCUAACCCAUGUUACUAUAGAGUAAUGUGGUCAAGAGGAAAGAAAGUACAAAACAACAUCAACACCAAUUUCAGCAACAACCCUUCAACUUUCAGGCUUUGGGGAAAUUCUUAUUGUUUCUUGCAGGGGGCCCGUGGACAGAUGAAAAAUAAAUCUAUGUCUAAACCCAUUGAUCCUAGGGUGAUUAUGACAAAAAAUACUAAAACAAGGAAGCAUUUGUACUCCACCAUUGAGAAAGAGAAACAAUCAGACAGGAAAUGGUUAGGAUGCCACCUGUUGGGUAAAACCCAACCACGUCCCAAGAAAGGCCCUGCUUCAGGAAAAAAGCUUAAGAUGGAUGACAAAAACAAAGACAAAUUCUUUGAAGAGUGGGCAGAAUCUUGGAGAUUUUUGGUGUGUCCUCGUAGCCUGAAAAAACAGAUGCCCGGGAUGUCACUCUCAGGUUGGGAGGAGUCAUGGAAGUUCCUUCUUCCACCCUACCAGCCGAUGAAUGGCCCCAAGGCCAGAUAAAAGGCAUUGCUCAGUCAAAUUUUUCUUCAAACUUUAAACAGCGGACAACCUGAAGUAGUAAACACUGCAUAUA